AUGUGUGCUAAUGCGAAAAUUUUCAUGGUGCAAGCUAGGCAACACAUUUUUCGUGCGGGUGUGAUGAUGCCAUAUCUUGUCAUUCAAGGCAAUGCAGUCUCUUAUGUGACAGUGGAUCACAAUUCAACAGCCUGCUGUGGCUUUUCUUUAUUGUAUAAAAUGGUGAGAACAACACCACAUUCACCACCCAAGUCUUCUCCUGACAUGUCUGACCUAGGCUGUGCUGUGGUCAUGAAUGGAAACCUCCUCAACGCCUCUGAGAUCAUAUUCUAUAACGAUCCAGACAAUGAGACACCCAUCUCUGGCUCUGGAGCCUCUCCACCAAAACCCUCUGUUCACCCAUUCUUCUCUCACAACACCCCUCCCACUCGCAUUGUUGUUGGUGCUUGUUGCAGCUCUCAUACCUCACAUCCUUCUGCUAGGCUUGUUGAUCCUGACAACGCCAAGUCCAGUGCUGAGAAGUCUGUGUCACGUGGGAGUGAGGAAAGUGUAAUCUGA